GUUCCUCGGGAUUGAAGUAAUAUCGAGCGCUCGAGCGCGAAGUUGCACACAAAGAGCGAGAGAGAGAAAGAGGGAAAGGGAACGAGCUAUUUGGUAACGUUUCGUCGUUUUAGCUUGCUCGAGCCUCGACGGACAAAGCGAACGCGCGCAUUCAGUGGCCUGCGAAUUGUGCCGAGAUACACGAGACCGAGCCCGGAAAAAAGAAAACGAGCCGACACGACCGACGGGUCCGUCGACUAUCGAUGCGCGGCUCGUCUAACGUCGUGAUAAGGAUAUACGAAGCCCACUUAAAUGCUUCGAACGAAUUCUUACUCCAUGUUGUGCGUUGGUUGCGACACGACUGCGUGUUGGAAAGUGAAUGUAUGGUGACACGCGGUCGUGACGGAGCAACCAAAGAGCAAGUUGUGGCAAAAGACGCAUAAUUGUUCGUCUAGCUGAUUGCAACUACUUGGAGCUUCACGAGUGAUUGCAAAUAGGAAGAAAUUAAGGACUUGUUCGAUCAUCGCUAUCCACCUUGGAAUAAUCAGACAAGAUGGAACGAGAAUCUAAUCCAAUGCAAGCUCUCUGCCGCAGUGGCUGUGGAUUUUACGGCUCGCCAGCCACGGAUGGCCUUUGUUCUCUUUGUUACAAAGAAAAUCUGAAGAAGAAACAGCAACCACCUGUCUCCGCUUCUACUGUACCACCUUCGCAGACCGUCUCUGGUAACGCUGGUACGUUGCAAGGCGGUUUUGGUAGUCCUGCGGCAACAGGAACUACCGCGCAACCCACCAUUCCUACCAUACCUCAACCAACAACGGAUCUACCCAACCCCAAAGAAAUAAAUAGGGAAGAUCAGGAAAGCGAAGUGAGUAUUAGCAGCGGAGCAGUAGCAGAAGGAUCAGUGAGUAGUGGGGACGCGGACGACUGCUUUGAUGGCAAAGAGACUGACAAAGAAACAAAGAAGAAGAAAAAUCGUUGCGCCGUGUGUCGCAAAAAAGUUGGUUUGACGGGAUUCGAGUGCCGUUGUGGAGGACUGUUCUGCUCUGUGCAUCGAUACAGUGACAAGCACGAUUGCAAAUUUGAUUAUAGAGAAAUGGGCGCUCAAGAAAUUCGGCGCAACAAUCCGGUUGUUGUUGGUGAAAAAGUGCAAAAAAUUUGAACUAUUUAGUGCGUAGUCGUUGGGAAAAUGGUUAUAUAACUAUAUAAACAAACAGAAUAUAAAACGGAGAAAACGAGAUAAAUUAUCUGGCAGCUGAUUGCACGUCGAGGGGCGAAACGGGUGAAUGCGAGAAUCGUGAACGAAAGAGAAAGGGAGAGGUGGGUGCACGAGUGAAAGGGAGAGAGAGAAUGGGGGGGAGAGAAAGAAACAUAGUAACGAGUGUGAGAACACAGGAAAGAAUGAGUAGCGUUUAACGGGGUAGAGAGAGGACUAAAGGGGGAGAAUGGGAAUAAAAAUUGGUAACACGCAAACGUAGAAACACCGGGAAACACGAAAUUUCUGAGGUUAGGUGAAACCGAGAUAUAGAUACAAGAGAAAGAUAAAAAAAAAGAUAAAUAAACAGAAAUUAAGAAUGCGUGCGACGUGUACGAAUGUGUUUCGAAAUUUGAAUGUCAGUGCCAUUGUCAGAUUGUCGUAUUUGCGAGAGUUUUAAUCGAGAAUAUAUUUGGUUCUAACUGCUGCCAGCUUACUACUACUAUUACCUAUUAUUAUCUACGAUUAUUACGGUUUAUUAUCAUUCUAUAUUAUGUUUAUUAAUUUACUUAAAAACGCAAAAUUUACGUAUGAAAUGUUUGUUUUUUUUUUUUUUUUUAAACUAAACGAAUUCUUGGUGCGGUCAGUCUUGUCCAAGACGCGUCUCAUCGGGAGUUCUGAUUUGAAUUGAGAGAGAGAGAGCGCGCGUGCGCGAGCGAGAGAGAGAUAUAACAAGAUUUAAAGAAAAAAAAAAAUACAAAUUUUAUAUAUAUUUCUGUUUCGUUCGUAUAUCAAAAAGUAAAAAAAAAAAAGGGAAUGUUGCUUAGGUAGUGGCUGACGUUGAUGGGUGAUCACAAUCCUAGGUUAACAAUUAGUCUAAUAAUUAUUAAGUAUAUUAGUCUAUUGAUUCAUAAAUAAUGCAAUGAAGUAUAAGUAGUACUGUGUGUUUAUGUCCAAUUUCACGUGAAUAUAACCAGCAUUAUUCCUCAUUAAAUAUGUUUCAAACUAUAUUGCAAAUCAUUAUUUACGCCAUGUGUUCACGAAUCUCCGCAAAAAGUGAACCCUGUAAUAUUUAUCUGGAUUCCCUACUGGUCGUUGCAGUAGAGAAUCGAUUGUGUCGGACUUGCCCAAUCGAUUUUCUCGAGUUUCUUCUUCUUCUUUUUUUUUCGCCCUUGUUACGAAUCGUACGUACAAAAGAUGCACGACAGAUAUUAUUGUAUAUUGGUGCUAAUAUAAUUGUACGAUGAAACGUCUAAAAACACGGCCGACCCGAUAAAAGAGAACGAAGGCCCCUCGACGAAGGGACGACUAUCGUCCUAAUUCGAUCACAAAAUUGCGAACAGAUCAGAAACGAUUCUCCGUCUUUAACCAUUUUCUUCUAUGUUGCAAUAUUUUUAAAACGAACAUUACGAUCUUUUCUUUUUUUCUUUAUGUGUCUCUGACUCUUCUUAGGUUAGCUCGUAGGAAGAAGUAAGUGUUGAGUUUUAUGUCGCUUCUAUUAAAAAAAAAAUUUUGAGCGAACUAUAUAUAUAUAUACAUAUAUAUAUAAAUAUACACGCAUCCUUGUUGUUUAGUAAAUUUUCUUUCUUUUUUUUUUCGAAUCAUUUUCUCGCAUAUUGUAAUUUUAUUUUCUUUAUCGUGUGUGAGAAUCGAUAGUCGUCGCUGGGUCGUUUUGCGAUUAUUCUGCGAAGGUAGAAAGGAAAAAAAGAGAGAGUGAGAACGAGAGAAAGAGAGAGAGAAACGAAAAAAAAAAUCACCGCACUGUAUCGUACCAUCACGUUUGUUGCUGUCUUUGAGAUAUACUUGCGUUUUUUUUCUAUUUUUUUUUCUUUGUUUCUCUGAAGAAAAGAAAAUGGAAGUAUCGAAACCUUCGUCUAUUAAAAUUCUGCGUGAUAGCCGAUAGCGAUAAAUAUCGAACGAACUCUUACGAAUGCAAGAAGUCCUUGUAUUGAUUACGUUAUAUAGAAUAAAGUGAAUCGUUCUUAAUUUUCAGUACCACGUUAUCGAUGCUCCUGAUUUUUUUUUGAUUUUUUUUUUUCAUUUAGUGAAUUUAUGUAUCUAGAGGAGAAAGUAAACCGAGCAUAAUAUAUAUAAUAGACGAGUAACAAGAAGAGGCGGAUUAAAGUUUCCCACUUCUAUUCGUGAUAUAAAAUUACGUUUAAUGCAUAACUUAUACAAUAUUUGCCGUCACAUUCACCAGACAAACACGCUAAGCAUAAUGUCUAAUGGACAAUAUAACAUAAAUUUAUGUGUACAGAAACGAGGACUUGAUCGGUCGUCACAGGUUUUUCAACUUUUUGUAAUCGUCGUACGAAGAAAAUGUUAUAAAUAAAAAUCGUAUUGUUUCAAUAUAACUAAAACAGCACAUUGUUAACGCACUUCUACACGUUGUUCAUUGUUUAUUUCUUUCAGAAAUGGUGUGUUUCUCAAUCUUUUCAUUUAUGUAUGCUUAUCGGUGUAACUAAGAUGUUAUCAUUUUUUUUAUUCAAUCAUUUCUAAUGGAAAGGCUCACCUUGGCCAAUACAUUUGACACUUUGUUACAUUUGAUUUAUUCAAGUGUUGGACGCAAAUGCCAUUUUGAAAGACACUUGUCAUUUUCCCCUAGAUAAAGAAUUUUAAUUACACCAUGUGUAUAUAUAUAUAUAUAUUGCAUGUAUUGAAAUCAUACGAUUAUUAUUUGAAAACAUUUCUUUUGUUGUGAUCCUUCCAAUGAGCACCUACGUUUAAAAAACCGUCUCGCAUGCCAUUUAUAUACGUAUGUAGUUUGUUGGGACUCGUUGCCGCGAAAGAGUUUCGUUCUGGCUUAGAUUGAAGUAUAAUAUCGGUAAUAUUAAUGGAAUGGUUGGGCCUUCAUCCUAUUUCAGGCAUAGCAUAUUUUUCUAAGAUGUAACGGUGUAAUCCUGCCAGAGCUGCCCCUAGCUGAAGGGCAGGUGGGCUACGCGUCCCGGGCUCCACGAUUAGGGGCUUCCACGUCUGAAAAAAAAAAAAAAAAA